CACAUUUUCAUCUGUCAAAUGCUAUCUCUUGUAGCUUAUGUCUGACCUGUUCCCACACAUCUUAGCAGGUGAUGGAUGAAGGUGCUCUGUUACAGCAGGUGCAAUAAAACAAACAUUGGUCGCGUCUCAUUGCUCAAGCAGCUCCGCCAUCCUUUGUUGACAGUGAAGCAUCAUCCCCCUGAUUGGGUUUCAGAAGCUCAUCACGUGGACUGACAGAGAUUUCGUGCACUAGCCGUUGCCCCACAUGCACCAAUGCUGAUGUCAGCCUACGCCCCCGAAUUUAUACCGCCCCCUUCGCUAUCAUCUUGUGCAUAGGAUGGAGAACGGGAAGGAGAAGUAUCCGCAUCCGGAAUUUAUUGCUUUCGGUCACAGGGAGUCCGUCUCCGCAUCCACCUCGAUGAACAAGAUGGAUGAAAUGGAAGAGGAAUUAAAAUGUCCGGUUUGCGGAUCGUUUUUCCGUGAGCCCAUCAUCUUGCCCUGCUCCCAUAAUAUCUGCCUGGCCUGCGCUCGCAACAUCCUGGUGCAAACGCCCGACGCCGAGUCCCCACAGAGCAGCCGCGCGUCCGGCUCCGGCGUGUCCGAUUAUGAUUACUUAGACCUGGAUAAGAUGAGUCUGUACAGCGAGGCGGACAGCGGCUACGGCUCUUACGGCGGGUUCGUGAGCGCGCCGACCACCCCGUGCCAAAAGUCCCCAAACGGGGUACGCGUUUUCCCUCCCGCCGUGCCUCCGCAAGCGCACCACCACCUGCUGCCGCACACCGGCGUUCUGCCGCCGGUCCCGCGCAAUUCGUGCCUCACCUGCCCGCAGUGCCACCGCAGCCUGACGCUUGACGACCGGGGACUCCGAGGCUUCCCGAAGAACCGGGUGCUGGAGGGGGUGGUGGACAGGUAUCAGCAGAGCAAAGCGGCCGCGCUCAAGUGUCAGCUGUGCGAGAAGAACCCACGCGAGGCGACGGUUAUGUGCGAGCAGUGCGAUGUGUUUUACUGCGACCCGUGCCGCCUCCGGUGCCACCCGCCACGGGGUCCGCUGGCCAAGCACCGGCUCGUGCCACCGGCGCAGGGCAGGAUCAGCCGGCGCGCGAGCCCACGGAAAAUCUCCACCUGCACCGAGCACGAGCUGGAGAACCUGAGUAUGUACUGCGUCCAGUGUAAGACCCCAGUGUGUUACCAGUGUCUGGAGGACGGCAAACACUCAACUCACGAAGUCAAAGCGCUGGGGGCUAUGUGGAAACUACAUAAGACGGUAGACGACUCCGGGCCAGAUCUGCACCCGAUCAGCACCGGAGCUGGUGACUUUGGCGCGAUCCAAAAUGAAAGCGGAGGUCUCCUGAUGGAUGGUUGUCAUAGCAAUGGUCAGCUUUCUCAAGCAUUGAAUGUUCUGUCUGAUCGGGCCACGGAGGCAAAAGAGUUCCUGGUGCAGCUCAGAAACAUGGUACAACAUAUACAGGAAAAUGGAGUUGAAUUCGAAGCGUGUUUGGUUGCCCAGUGUGACGCCCUGAUCGAAGCUCUCAAUCGCAGGAAAGCCCAGCUGCUCAGCAGAGUAACCAAAGAACACGAACACAAACUUUCAGUGGUUCGUGACCAGAUAUCCCACUGCACGGUGAAGUUAAGGCAGACCACUGGACUGAUGGAAUACUGUCUGGAGGUCAUCAAGGAAAAUGACCCGAGUGGCUUCUUGCAGAUCUCAGAUGCUCUGAUAAGAAGGGUCCAUAUGACCGAGAAUCAGUGGGGUAAAGGUUCUCUGACCCCUCGCAUGAGCAGUGACUUUGACUUGACCCUGGACAGUGGACCUUUGCUACAGACCAUACAUCAGUUAGACUUCGUUCAAAUGAAGGUUCCAGCCGCUCCUAUUCUCCAGUUAGAGGAGUGUUGCACUCAAAGCAACAGUGCAACUUUAUCAUGGAAGCAGCCUCCCCUCUCCACCAUCGCUGUGGAUGGAUACAUUUUAGAGCUGGAUGAUGGGACUGGAGGCCAAUUCAGAGAAGUAUAUGUUGGCACAGAGACGAUCUGCACCGUGGACGGUCUGCACUUCAACAGCACUUACAAAUCUCGUGUUAAAGCCUUUAACUCCAGCGGAGUCGGCCAGUACAGCAAAACCCUAGUGAUGCAGACAUCAGAAAUGAGACUACCUUCAUAUUGUAGUCAAACUGUGGCUGCAGUUGCCUGGUUCACCUUUGACUCUGCAUCUGCCCACCCUGACAUCAUCUUGUCCAACGAUAACCUCACGGUGACGUGCAACAGUUACGAUGACCGUGUCGUCAUGGGCAACACUGGGUUCUCCCGUGGUGUGCACUAUUGGGAGAUGACCAUCGAUCGCUAUGACAACCACCCUGACCCUGCGUUUGGAAUCGCCCGGGGCGAUGUCAUGAAGGACGUGAUGCUGGGGAAGGAUGAUAAAGCAUGGGCCAUGUAUGUGGACAACAACCGCUCUUGGUUCAUGCAUAACAACUCACACACCAACCGUACGGAUGGUGGAAUAGGCAAAGGAGCGACUGUGGGUGUGUUGCUGGAUUUCUCCCGUGGGAUUUUGUUGUUUUUGAUUAAUGAUGAGCAACAGGGACCCGUUGCCUUUAACACACUGGAGGGCAUGUACUACCCAGCCAUAAGCCUCAACCGCAAUGUUCAGGUGACUCUUCAUUCUGGGCUGCCUAUUCCAGAUUUUUAUACACCUGGAGAGUCUGAUCCUGCAGGAUCAGUUUGCUAAAGAGUGCAAACACAAAGCUGAUACACAUUUAUAUACAAACACACACGCACAGACAGGCACACACACAGAUACAGUGAGUGCUUGGUGGGGGAAUCGCUGCUGACAGUCAUUAAUAGGUCUGAGAAUUGUGAAAUGUAACUGGACCUGAUAUAUAUGUGAGGUUUAGGAUUAACCAAACCCUAAAUUAAGCUUAACUCUGAUCCUGAUGUAUGUGAGGUAAAUUAAUAUUCAAAUUCUUUCAUGUUUUUGUUACUCUUUUCUAGAUAUUAUUAUUAUUAUUAUUAUUAUUGAUGAUGUUGUUGUUGUUGUUUUUAAGAAAAAGGUGCUCAUGGAGGUGAACUCUGAGCUUACUCGAUCUUAACAGAUUUGUCUGUUGUUUUAUGAUAAAACCUUCUGUGUGAAGUUAAGCUAAGAAAUUAGUUACUGGUGUGCUAAACCUUAAUUUUUACAUUACACAAAAUUUUAUUGCAAGGUGUGACGGUGGUGUCUUGAACAAAAAGAAGUGCGGACAGAAUCUAUAUUUGAGUUUGUCUAAUACUGCAAAUUCGUACUCCCAAAACCCUUUGAAUUUAAAUUUAAGCCCUAUCUCAAAACUUUUCCAAACACAAUCCUACCUGUGCCAAGUCAUGGUUCAAACCUGUACCAAA